CUUGUCCCUGGAUUAUUCAUUUUCUGCUAAGCAGCCUCCACCAAGAUCCAACUGCGCUCCGACCGGCCAUUUUGGUUCUGGAAUCAUGAGAGAAACCAAUCGACAACAAGGCUUCAUAAGCCACCUACCCCCCCGUCUGCUCUGGUCUACCAGACUCGUAAUGCUGAAUACUGACCAUCUUGACCUUGGUACUUACCUUAACCACUUCUAGCGUCUUCGACGAUCACAACUGUCUUUGAACAAGGUAUAAGUACUCUGAACAUCAUACUUGCGACCGCUACCCUCCUUUUCAUUAUCACCUUCGCAAUAGUAUAGGCAAACAACCUGGCUUCUACAAAGAACAUAACUCAAACAGCCGCCCCUAUCUUCAAAAACAUCAUCAACAGCACAACACGAGCAAGACCGACGACAGCAGCAACAUCUUUCCCAACCUUUCGUUCCACCUCGACGACCACAAAACCAUCCACAAUCAUGCCGCCGCAACCACGAGCGAUCAAACAAUCCUUCCUCGCGCGCGAGCAAUCCGAAGGCGCGGGCGCCCGAGUACGGCGAUCCGUCGGGACGCCGAAACUGCGCAACUUCACACCAUUCCUCAUGCUAGAUCACUUCAGCGUGCCUCCGACCGCCGGGUUUCCCGACCACCCCCACCGCGGACAAGAAACCAUCACAUACCUACUAAAAGGCGGAGUUGACCACGAAGACUUUGCAGGCAAUGCAGGAAGUUUGAAACCUGGUGACCUUCAAUUCAUGACGGCCGGCAAGGGAAUCAUGCACGCCGAAAUGCCCGUACAGGGGGAACCAGAAACAAGCGGGCUCCAACUCUGGGUGGACCUACCUGAGCCCCUGAAGAACUGCGAGCCGCGGUACCGCGACCUGCGGGGCGACGAGAUCCCCGUGGCGCAGACCGACGACGGCAAAGUCACGGUCAAAGUCAUUUCGGGCCGCAGCCUGGGAGUCGAAUCACUCAAGGAUCUCGCAUACACUCCUGUCUGGUUGCUCGAUGUGACUAUCCGCCCUGGCGGCUCGCUGACACAGGAGCUUCCGCUCGGCUGGAACGCUUUCGCAUAUACCCUGGAGGGAGUGGUCAACUUUGGCGACGGCAACAAAGACGAACCUCAAGCCGUCCCGCCUUACCAUAAUGUCGUGUUUGAGCAGAGCGGUGAUGUCGUUACCGCGUCUGUUGAAGACGGCGCCUCUGAACCCGCUCGCUUUAUCUUGGUCGCUGGACAACCACUGAACCAGAAUGUUGUUCAGUAUGGUCCGUUCGUUACGACCAGCCAGGACGCCGUUGUUCAGGCCUUGAUGGACUUUCAGACUGCGAGCAAUGGGUUUGAGAGGGCAAAGGGCUGGGAGAGCGAUAUUGGAAAGAGAAUUGGACAAGGCGUGCAUUGAAAAGGAAAUUGGCCUACUAGUACCACGAGUACUAUGUAUAUAUGUUAUGACGAGCCCGGAGUGAGCAGAAAUUUGGCCUUUUACCCUCCACAAGGGCGCGGGGGUAUUGAUAUGGGUACUGAAGGCAGACGCCGUCUCGGUUCGUUUUUGUUCGUUUUGGACAAAUAGAUUCUGAUAUCCUAGUAGUUUAGCACUGGCGUUGGGGAAAUUGAAUUUAAUAAACCAAUGAAUGCAGAUCUGGGUUUUGAAGAACGGCUUAGCUUUCUCGAAAUGAUGAAAUACCUGGUAGAUAUAUAUAUACUAAUACAGACUACUGGCACCUGUUGUCUGGCUUUAGGCCAUCUACGAAC